UCAGAGCAGGAGGAGCUGUCCUCGGUGUCUCAGCUCAGCUCCACAAGCGGGCAAUGGGAGUCCCCAGAACCAUCCUGCUCUGCCUCUUUGGGGCUGUGUUCUGCCUGACAGCAUCCCAGGCCCGACAAUGCUACAACUUUCAACACAUCUACUUCGGGCCCUUUGACCUCAAUGGCAUGAAAUUCCACAAUGUCUCCUGUCCCCAUGGAUGCUCUGAGGCUGUCUUGUCCCUGGACACUGGGUACCGCGCCUCGGUGACCAUGGUGCAGAAGGGCUGCUGGACAGGCCCGCCUACGGGCCGAAUGCUGUCCGACGACCAUGCGCUGCCGCCGGACUACUCGGUGGUGCGAGGCUGCGUCACUGACUUGUGCAACACCGACCUCAUGACCCACGACUCCAUCCCCAAUCUGAGCCCGGCGCCCAACCCGCCAACUCUCAGCGGCUUGCAGUGCUACGCCUGCUUGGGGAUCCACCCAGAGGACUGCACCCCAGAGAAGUCUCGACGGGUCCACUGUCACCAGGACCAAAGCGUCUGCUUCCAGGGCAAUGGCAAAAUGACCGUCGGCAAUUUCUCAGUCCCUGUGUACAUCAGAACCUGCCACCGGCCCUCCUGCACCAUCAAGGGCACCUCCAGUCCCUGGACCAACAUUGACCUGCAGGGCUCUUGCUGUGAGGGGCACCUUUGCAACAGGGACUCUGUGACCCAGUCCUUCACCACUGCUGCGGCCACUGCCCCUUCCCAGGCAGCCCUUGUCAUGGCGCCACUCCUCGUGGUCCCCCUGCUGCUGGGCACUCUGGGAGGACCCCUCGGUCCCCUCCCUUAGACAGCUCCUCCAGCCUCUUCCUGAACAGUUCGCUGGGGGCAGGCUCGCACCCGCUUCUAGAAACUUCAGCCUCUGUAAUGUGGCUCACUGGGAAAUGGUGUCACACAAGAGUUGCACUCCUGUCUCUCUCUGCCACCACCACGCCCCCUCUUUCCUACCCCUGCCCUGCCCAAACCUGAUCAGCAGGCCUGGGAGAAAUUGGGAAAGGUCCCCAUCAUCCCAGGGUGGGGAGGAACAGCCACAUCCUGGCCCACAUGAAGGGCCAUCCUGACAAUGGCUCUUACCGAACACCAGUGACACUCUGGCACCCCACUGGACCCAGUUUCCUCCCCCUGGAGCCAGUGUGGAGCUACAAUAAUGUCUUUAUUCGUAUCAUCACGAGAUUUUCAAGAGGCAGCAUAUCCUUGGAGCUAGGAGCUCACCCUCUGGAGCCAGUCUGCAUGGGUUCAAAUCCCAGCGCUACCGUCUAGCCUGGGGUGAGUUACUCAACUUCUCUGCACCUGUUUCCUCACCUAUAAGGCAGAGGUGAUAAUAAAACCUACACUAAUGACAAGCCCUACUUUGCAGGGGUUGUGUUCAGAAUUUAAUAACAUGACUGUGGACUACCUGGGACACAACAGCCACCCAGCAUGAGUUGGGCUAUUAUCACAACGCCCAUGAGCAAAUGAGAGGUGAGGCAGGUGCUCGUGUCCAUUUAUCUAGUGAAUGGACAGCCAGGAGUGUGACUCCCAGCCCCAUUAGCCGCUAAGCAAUGCUACCUCCCAAACACACAGGUGUUGAUGAAUUUGACAGAAAGGCACUUGAGGCGAAGCUGAACGAGGAAAAAUUCUCCAAUCUGUGGAGACUGGAGGAGACGUCCCGGAAGAAGUGAUUCCUAAGCCAACUCCUAAAGGAUAAAGAGGUCUUGGCAAAGAGAAGGGGGAGGAAGGGCAUUCCAGGAGGAGGCGACAGCCUGGACACAGAUCCAGAGGGAGGAAAGAACACAGGGCAGGGAGAUGUGUAUACAUAAACAUGGGAUCCCACAAUGUGUCCUCUUGUCCCCGUGCUUUACAAGGUCCUUCCACAUCCUGUCCCCCACUUGAUCCUCCCAAUGACCCAGAGAGGCACCCAAGAAAGGGACUUUCAUCCCCGUUUGGCAGCCAAAUUGCCCAGGACCCAGUCAGAGGCAGUGAUUUUCAGAGUAAGUGGCAA